AUGGACAAGCAACGAAAGAAGUCCGGAGAAGAGCUUAAUCGGAUAAUUGAAGACAUAAACAUUGGUUUUGACCUCGAUUUAAUGCCUACACAAUCAUGUUCUUCCUCUCAAGAGCGUACUGAUGAACAGCAAUGUGCCAAAUAUAUUGACUACCUAUACUGGAAUGGCGCUCUCGAAAAGGUCAUACCUAUGUUAUCUGAGUUGGAUAGAGACGAAUUUCCCGAUCGUCAAAGUAAUGAAAAAAGCUUGCGUGAUUAUUUCGCGCACCCGCUUUCAUCUACUGCGCUACGGCUUGGAUUCGACAAGCGUGUGAGACUACGUUCUGAGAAAGAAAAGGCCCAAGUUUACAAAUUUUGGCGCGAAAAGCUAUACGAUGAGACCUGGAUUGUGAAGGAAUCAUUGGCUAACAACACAUCUCCUGCACGAAAGCCCGUCCUUGAGGCAACGCCAACUGUUAUUACUCUAGGUGAAUGCACGCCCGAAACAAACACCAACAAAUCAGCUAAGCGGAAGAACAAUAACAAUCCUGAGGUAUUUUGCACUGCGCCUUCAUCCCCAAUUUCUGAUUUUGAUGCAUAUUCCUCAUCCGAUGUUUGCGAGGAUGGCUACGGUUCUGAUACCUACACGCUCUCCGAUUACGAUAAGUUUGAUGGGUUUGAUUUUGAUUUUGCUACUCCCUCUAAGAGGCGCAAGCAGCUAAAACUUGGAGAUUGUGGAAUUACUGCCAGCGCACCCCCGACAAUGCCCGCGCUGUUUAUGACGCCGCCUCGAAAUGAUAAGUUGCAGACCAAAAUAAACAAUGGGAUGAUAGUGAAGAAAAGUCCUAGCCACACCCCGCGUCUGGAGCUGUCUAGAUCGAAGAGCAUUUCGUUCAAUAGUUGUACCAGCCGUAGUACAAGCUGUUCUUCGAAGACUGUACCUACGGUCCCAAAUUCUCGCAAUACCACCCCUUCGACCUCUUUUGCAAACAGCAAGUUUGAAUUAUCAGCCGAGCCAUACCCGGUCACAAGUAUCUCGCUCGGUGUUACCGACUCACAAAAAGACAAGUUCAAUAUAGUAAUUUCGGACUUGGUGGAAAAUGGCCCGUUUUCUAAAAAAACCGCAUGGUUCAAAGCUAUUCCACUAAGGUUUCGAUAUGAAGUUGAACGUUUGGCACGGGCAUGUGAUAUCUCUCCCGAGACCAUACUCUCGGAAGAUGUGCUUCUUAAAACCCAAUCUUACGAAGCACUUCUUGAACUUAUGAGCCGUAGACCAUACAAGAACAAGAUUGAAAAGUCUAAAACGAGUGUUUGGAGAAUGGCAGUCGAAAAUUAUACCGACUCAGAUAGUGGAACCAUGGUCGUUUUGAGUGGCCAGCUGGAGUGGAAAAAUGAACAAUUCACACUUGUCCUGAACCCACUAAAGGUUGAUAAAAGCCACAGAUUUGCUCGAAGAUUCGGGGCAGACAGAUUUCUGGAAAUAUUGCUACCCACGGAGCAUCCCAAGAAAACUGGACUUGAUGCAGAAAUUUACAGUAAGGCUUUAGCCAUAUGGCUUUGCGCAAAGGAUCACCAUCUAUUUGGCCGUAGAUGGCGCGCAUUCUACCAGGAGGACCUUAAGUCAAAAUCGAAGACAACAUCUUCUAGUGGCUCGGACCGCAAAGUGUCCCUAUUUGCAGUUGACGGUGAUGAUUUCCUUAAGAUUCCCCCAACGGUUUCGUCAAUGAACGAGACGUCCGGAAAACAUACGCCGAUGAUAAUUAAGCAGCUGGUUGAUUGGCACAUUCGCUAUGAUAGGAACACACACCAGGAAUACUCUAAAUUGUUCGCUAGAAUCCGCCUAGGACUCUCUAGGACCAUACCGACCAUCACACUCGAGCCAGAGGAGUUCAUUUAUGACAAUGAUCCAAGGCAAGAGCAAAUGAGCGACGGGUGUGCCAUGAUGUCGCGCUCAUUAGGGCGAGCUAUUGCGGAUUCCAUGCGUCUUCCAAAGGUUCCAGCAUGUUUCCAAGAAUCUCCAGCCGGCGCUUUUAAACCCACAGUUUUUUAUGGUACUGCAAGACAGGGGUAUCAAAAAGGAGUAAUGCGUUCUCUUAUCCAAGAGGAGGCGGAUGAACAUUACAAGAAAUUGAUCCAAAUCUUAUUAAACGGAGAUUCUGCAGCUUGCCGAGCUUGGGCCCAGCAAGUGAGAGACUCGUCCUCUCAUGUUACGGCCCUGAAUGACACCGCGUUCCCUCAAAGUACCAUUAGACGGGUGAACAUGCUUCUUGAUGCCGGUUAUCUGCCCUCAAAACUGUUAUUCGUAUGGGAACUCUUCAAACAACAUUUUAUAGAUGGCUUUGUCAAACGGUUAGACGCCAUCAAAAUAAAAAUCUCCAAGUCGACAUACGCAUAUUGCAUACCCGACCACUAUGGAGUGCUUGAAGAAGGCGAGAUUUACCUAGAUUUUGGAGAUACCUGGGAAGACGGCACCACUGACUUGGAUGGUAUCGAUGUGUUGGUUAGUCGAGCGCCUGCUCAUUUUCCUAGUGACGUCCAGAAAUGUCGAGCUGUCUAUCGCCCCGAGCUAAGACACUUGAAGAACGUGGCUAUCUUCUCCACCAAAGGAAAGGUUCCCCUUGCUUCUCUACUCUCCGGCGGCGAUUAUGAUGGCGAUCAAGUUUGGGUUUGCUGGGAGCCGGAAAUUGUCAAACCCUUCGUCAACUAUCCCAUGCCGGACAUUCCAAAACCCGAGGAAUAUGGCCUGGUAAAAGUAUCUCAGCGCAUCAGGGAUAUGCCAUUCGACGAUUUCAUGGAAAAUUCUUUCCUGUUUAACAUGUGGCAGAACCCACUUGGCUUGUGCACCUUCAAGCAUGAGAAGUAUUGCUACCAUACGGGUGGCAUUGGGUCCUAUCUAGCAAUACAUUUCUCUGGUCUGCUUAGCCAUCUUGCUGAUAUACGGAAGUUAGGGUACAUAUAUCCGGAAGAAAACAUGCAAAAAUACCGCAGCAGCCUGGGUCCUCCAACUCCAGAUCUUCCAGCUUAUAAAGACGACAAGAAAGCUGAACAGGACAACAAGAAGCGUGAACCGAAGAUGGAUAACAUCCUUGACUUCCUGAAAUUUUCUGUAAUUAAAGAUGUUCAAAAUAACAUUUACGCUCGCCUAGAUAAGGACUGCCCUCCGAAAACUAUCGACAAGGUUGAUGGAGAUCUCACAGCAAUCUGGAAAACAGUUUGGGACCGCGCAACUGCUGAAAAGAACGCUGGGCGCCCUAAUUUACUGAUUGCUAUCCAAGGCACCCAAGCUUCUCAAGGUAUCAAAGGUUUCCGGGAGCAGAUUGAGAAAGCCUUUAAUAACUAUAAGGAAUUGCCUGAUAAAAUGUCCUACGGAGCCAAAGUUACCUUUGCUGCCGAGUCCUUAAUGGCUAUUCAGCCUCCUGAUAUCGACCAUCCUCUUUGUGCUGCCUGGAAAGAGUCAGCUUACGAAUGGAGGAACAUACUGGCAUCAUGUGCGUACUCCGACCACCCAGGCUGGUUUGUAUGGCAUGCCGCCUUCAAGAACCUUUGCGAUAUGAAGGCUCGAGCUGUUGGCGACUGGUACAGCGUUACGGCGCCCAUUUACCAUCGGCUGGCUAUGAACAAGUCAAUGAUGAAGAAAAUCGAGACAGAGCGUCAUAAGGCAGAGACAGAGGAAGAGCUAUUGCUCCUGAGAUCCUUCGAGGAACAAGAGAUUCUUGACAACGAUAGUGACGAUGACGAUGAUUUGUUUUCAGUUGCAUAA